AUUAAAAUUUUAUUCAAUGAGUGGAGUGAGAGCUUUCCCUAUCAAUUGCUGAUUGGCACUGGUGUAGCACUCAUGGCACUCGUUCUUCUCGCAGCAGUGAGCUUGCAGUGCUCAUCCACGUGGAAGUGGCUCCUAGGUGUCGCUAGGCAAGAGAGUGACGAUGACACCGAUGGAGAAUUGUCGCAGCAGAAUGCCAUACGCAUCAGUCAUUCGUUGCCUGAUUUGCAGUCUGAGCCGAUUACUCAUGAGUACGUGCAGGAGCAGAAAGAUAGUAAAAAGCAUGUCCUACGACAAACAACUCUUCCAAUUGUUCCAACGAGGCACCAAACUUUCCAACGUCAGCUGUCCCAUCGUCUCGAUCUACCCAAUAUUAAAUUCAGCAUCUGCAGCUUGGAGAACCGCAGUGACUCGAGCCUCGGUCUCAUCAAGCCGGAGUUGUACAAGAAGGAUUUGACGAGGCAGGAGAGUACCGAGAGCUCCAGCACUGUAGAAAUGGAAUACGCUGGCAAGCUUCACUUUGCACUGAGAUACGACAAGGAAAUUGAUGGACUACUUGUUAAGGUCUUGGGAGCGAGGGAACUGCCCAUCAAAGAUGUAACUGGCAGUAGUGAUCCUUACGUCAAAGUACAUCUCCUCCCGGACAGGAAGAAGAAGUUUCAAACCAAGGUCCAUCGAAAAAAUUUGAAUCCCAUUUUCAACGAGACCUUCAUCUUCAGCGUUCCCUAUGACGACUUGAGGGAGCGAUAUUUGCAGUUUUCCGUAUACGACUUUGAUCGAUUCUCCCGACACGAUUUGAUUGGACAGGUUGUACUUAAGGGACUGUUGGACUGCACCACCUUGGAGCAAGAGAUCGAAUAUACGAUGGAUAUACUCUGUGCAAUGCAGGAGAAGGUGGAUUUGGGUGAGUUGAUGUUGACGCUCUGUUACUUGCCGACUGCGGGGCGUCUCACAGUGACAGUCAUCAAAGCGAGAAAUCUGAAAGCAAUGGAUAUCACAGGCUCAUCAGAUCCGUACGUGAAAAUAUACCUUUUAUGCCAGGGAAAGAGAAUAAAAAAGAAAAAAACAACUGUGAAGAAGAAUACACUGUUUCCAGUGUACAACGAAUCCCUAGUAUUUGAUGUGCCAGCUGAUAAUGUCGAAGACGUUAGUCUCAUAGUGAAAGUGAUCGAUUACGACAGGAUUGGCUCUAACGAAUUGAUGGGCUGUACGGCUGUGGGCGCUAGUUUCAUUGGAAUUGGUAGAGAUCACUGGCUUGAGAUGUUGGAUAAUCCGAGAAAACCAGUGGCACAGUGGUAUCCACUAAUGGAAACAGUGGCUGGUCACAUUCCAACUGUGUCCUCAGAGCCGCUUCCUGUCAGCCUGAGUUGCUUGAACAGUAGAUGAAAUUGGGGCCAUUGAAGCCGCUAAUUGGCGGAGGCUCGCCACUAACGUUGUGUACGUGAAACUUUCGAGGAAGCAAAAACUCGUCCCCACCUGUAAUUCUAUGCACAAGCUUG